AUGGUAGCCAUAGGCAGCCUUUUGUUCUGCGAUGCCUGCGGCUCGCUUCUGCCGCGGAUUGUUCCAGGCGAAUAUAAAGACGACAUGGUCAAAUGCGACGAUUGCUUCCAGUACACCAAGGACACUUCGUCCAAAAUCAUAACCUCAAAAUCAAAACCCAGUGCCUUCCCAUCUCCUCUACGGGCCAAGCACUCCGAGGUGCAAGCUAUCAAUACCGAUGAGCUGCAAGUUGAGGCUGUCAUCUCCCGGGAGUGCCCUGACUGCCAUCGACCAGAAAUGUUCUAUCAUACCAAGCAACUAAGAAGCGCAGACGAAGGAACGACCGUUUUUUACAGAUGCGAGUGCGGUUUCAAGGAUGUGCAGAAUAACUGA